GGCAAUCUCUCUCUCUCUUUCUCUCUCUCUUUCUCAAUUGGGCAAUAUUUUUGGUGCAAGGGUUAAAGCAGCUGUUUUACCCAUUGAGAUAAAAAUGGGUAUAUAGCAAAGCAUUCACAGUCCACCUGAAUGUAAUCAAGUUCUCAUUGUAUUUCAUACCUUUCCAUUUCGCCAUUACUGAUCAGAUCAUGAUGUCAAGUAGGGGAAGUGGAGGAAGUCUUUCCUUUCCUCAACCUGAUUUUGAAACAUGCUUUAUCAGACCACAUUGUGCCUUAAGCUUUUCUUCCCGUUUUGGAAAUGAUCAUAUUAUGGAACUUACUGUGUUGGAUCACAAACUUCACAUUUGUUCCAUAGCCAAGCGAUCAAUACCUGCAUUCACCCACUCUCUUAUUAAAUUAUCCCUGCUCAACUUCACUGGCUGCCAGUUUUUUAGUUUCACUGAGACCUGUGAUGACUUCACUCUGGUGGUAGAUGAUGCUGGAUAUCAGAGUUUGUCAAGCAGUAGAGAGCACAUCGAGACAGACGGCAAUGUGUGGUUGGCGUUGACUGUGUCAUUUGGGCCAGGAACCUCAAUGGUUACCAUGGGCAUCACCAACAUUGCCAAAUCUCUCAUCGUCCCAUUGGCUGAUGGCAGUGUCCCUAUCUACUGUCUGUCUACAUAUCAGUCAGACUUUAUUUUGGUCAAAGAAAAAGACAUAGACAGGGUCAUAGAAAUCAUGUCCAGUAAAGUCCAGAUAUUUAAACAGGUAGAUGGAGAACAUGUUCUUGUAGAGAAACCAGAACAAGUCAGUAAUCAUGAACAUGUGGCCAAAGAUCGACUUAUCCUCCACAAAUUCAAGACACCAAAGAAUAGAUUUUUGCUCACAAGUAUCAAUCCUGAUAGUUUGCAUACAGUUGGAGUGGCUCUCAUACAGAAUAUGUUUUACUCUGAGAGCUGUAAUGAUCUUAUUGAAGACCAGGAAAAGUUUUUCUCCUUCUCUCUGGUUGAAAAAGAUGUGUCCAUAGUUUUGGAUGAACAAACUUUACAAAGAUUUCCACCUAAUACAUUGUUUAUUAAUAAUGAGUUUUGGAGAAUGGUCAAAAUAGGUGAUAUACCAGAAGGUUUGGGAUUUGAUGAAUGUGGAAUAGCAGCACAGAUGUCAGAACCUAUAGCUGAUGCAAAUAUCUCAGAAUAUUAUAUUAGUACUUACUAUUCAGAUCAAAUGCUGGUGCCAGAAAACAGACUAGAAGAGGUGCUUGAAUUGCUUCAUAGUCGACAAGUUCGUGUAGGUGCCGACUUAGUCAAAGAAAAAGACAUAGACAGGGUCAUAGAAAUUAUGUCCAGUAAAGUCCAGAUAUUUAAACAGGUAGAUGGAGAACAUGUUCUUGUAGAGAAACCAGAACAAGUCAGUAAUCAUGAACAUGUGGCCAAAGGAAGUCUUUAUCUUUUUCCUACAGAUCGACUUAUCAUCCACAAAUUCAAGACACCAAAGAAUAGAUUUUUGCUCACAAGUAUCAAUCCUGAUAGUUUGCAUACAGUUGGAGUGGCUCUCAUACAGAAUAUGUUUUACUCUGAGAGCUGUAAUGAUCUUAUUGAAGACCAGGAAAAGUUUUUCUCCUUCUCUCUGGUUGAAAAAGAUGUGUCCAUAGUUUUGGAUGAACAAACUUUACAAAGAUUUCCACCUAAUACAUUGUUUAUUAAUAAUGAGUUUUGGAGAAUGGUCAAAAUAGGUGAUAUACCAGAAGGUUUGGGAUUUGAUGAAUGUGGAAUAGCAGCACAGAUGUCAGAACCUAUAGCUGAUGCAAAUAUCUCAGAAUAUUAUAUUAGUACUUACUAUUCAGAUCAAAUGCUGGUGCCAGAAAACAGACUAGAAGAGGUGCUUGAAUUGCUUCAUAGUCGACAAGUUCGUGUCGGUGCCGACUUACCUUCAGAUUGACUGCCCUCUUCUACUGCGUUACUAGUAAUACUGCAUUACAGUAGUUAUAAACUGUGCACAGUGGAACUCUUGAGGGGUUCACCCUUAAGGGUACUGGUCCUGUGUUUUAUGGAACCCACCAAUUUAUACAAAGCCUUUUUGCAUACAUUUUGUUUUAAGAUUUCUC